UCUUCGCCAAAACUCGAAAGAAAAAAAAAUCGGGCGAGCGUGGGAUCGACGAGAGUCAAAGUAGAUACACCGUAACCUCAGAAAAGAUUACAGUAGCACUCACUACUACACCACUCUCAUUCCCCCCUCCUCUCUCUCUUGCCUCACCCUUCUUCCCCCCAAAUUUCCUCACUUUCUCUCUCCUCUCCUCCCCCUUCAACUGGGUUUCGGAUCAACCCACCAUUUUCCCAAAUCAAUCAAUCCAAACCCCCGAAACAAUAAGAUUCAAGCCUUAAUUUUCGUGGGGUUUUUCUGAAUUCAAUUGAUUCAAAGUGGGGUGGCAGCCAUUAAAGGACCUUCAAUAGGAGAGAGAAAAUGGAGUCUCUAGGGAAUAACAAUGGCGGAAGCGGAGGUGGGGUCGGAGGAAAGAGAAAGAUUGAAGACCAAGUUGAACUUGCGAAGCAAAAAGCUCAAGCUAUCGCUGCUCGCCUUCUCAGCGACGCCGAUUCUAAGCGCCCUCGUACUCUUCCAGAUUCUUCUUUGACUCCUCCUGACUAUUCUUCUCCUUCUUUCACCUCCUCUCAUUCUUCGUUUCCUGUGCCGUAUACAACUCAAACAAAUCAGUACAGUAAUGUACCAAGCAGCAAGAAAAUCGUUAUUCCAAAUGCCAAGGUUGGAGUUAUUAUUGGAAGAGGAGGAGAAAUGAUUAAAACUCUUCAACUAGAAUCAGGUGCUAGGAUCCAGAUAACUCGAGAUUCAGAAUCUGAUCCUUCUUCUUUGACAAGGGAUGUUGAGUUGAUGGGUACCCAGGAGCAGAUUAGCAGAGCAGAACAACGAAUUAAUGAAGUUAUUGCUGAGACAGAUGCAACAAGUUCUGCUCCAUCUGGAAACAGAGGUCCUCCUCCCCCACAAGCUGGAGGUGAACAGUUUGUGAUGAAAGUUCCUAAUGACAAGGUCGCUUUGGUCAUUGGAAAAGGAGGUGAAACCAUAAAAACGAUGCAAAGCAAGUCUGGAGCUCGUAUUCAGGUUGUCCCGCUUCACCUUCCUCCUGGUGAUGCCUCAACAGAGAGAAAUAUAUUUAUAAAUGGAAUACCGGAGCAAAUUGAGUCUGCCAAAGAGCUGGUCAAUGAAGUUAUUAGUGGGAAUCGUUCGAAGGUUUUGUCUGGGAAUAAUUCAUACCAACAGUCUGGAUAUCCUCCUAGUGCUGGUUGGGCUCCCCAGGGUCAACCUUCUGCACAGCAGGCUCCUGGAUAUGGCUACUCACAGCCUGGAGCGUAUGCCCCACCUCCUUAUUAUGGUGGCUAUGCUCCACAGCCCAAUGCUUGGGACCAAAAUCAAACAUCUGCGCCAACUCAGCAGCAGAAUACUGCCUAUAGUGCGUAUGGACAAGCUCAACCACCAUCUUCAACUCCUCCACAUGCUAACUACAACUACAGCCAGAUGCCACCAGCUGCAGGCUACAGUUAUCAAGGGUACCCCCAGCAUCCACCAAGUUACGGAGAUGUCUCAGCUCAGACUACAUCAUCCCAGCCAGAUGGGACUGCUACUGUUCAAACUUCUCAGCCAGGUUAUGGAGCCCCUGAUGGUACGACCCAAACUCAGCCCCAAUGUGCAUAUGCAACAGGCUACAGUCAGCCCCCAGCUGCCCCUGCGAAUGGUUAUGGUGCUUAUCCAAGUUAUUCUGGUGCGGCACCUACUCAGCCAGCUUAUUAUCAAGGAGGUUAUCCACAGACAGGUUAUGGACAGCAGCAAGAAGGUCAAGUUGCAAGCCAGGCAUCGUACUCGUAUUACGGACAAAGUGGGUACCCUCCAUCUCAAGCUCCUGCUCAAGCAGGUUAUUAUCAGACUGGUUAUCCUCCAGCCGCUGCCCCACCACAAGUGCCACCUCAAUCCCAGCCGCAAGCAACUAAUGGUGCAUCCCAAACAUCAUAUGCAGACGGCGGAGACUCAACUACUGGGUCUGGUGCUGCUGCUACUGAGGAAAGUGAAAAUCCCCAAAGCUGACAUUUCAGUGGACAGGGGCAUGUUGUGUUUGCACCCUUCUAUCGUAGUAUUUCUGUCUCUUAAAGUUACUUCUCAGUGAAAGUUUCCUUUUACUGUUACCAUUUGCCCAAAAACUGUAGGGGCUCGUGAUUGACUCGAAGGUGGUCGAAUUUUUUUUGAGUUGACUUAUUUAAAUUUUUUUUAUGUUGGCUAUGUGAUCUUAGAUUCUUUCACAUAUCCUGUGCCUUAAUGAACAAGAAUUGAUGUUACAGGCUAAGAAAUUUCUUCUUUUGGAUUAUAAAAGAUUGAUAGGCACAGACCCCUUCUGUUUUCUUCUGUGGAACACGAUACAAAAGUACCGAGGGUGAGAAUUCUGUAAGUUGGGUGUUGUAACUUUCUAUCUAUAUUUUGCAAAUUAGAAAACCAAUUAGCAAUA